AUGAGAUAAUUAAAAACAAGUAUAAGUUAGCGAAGACAACAAAGUGUUGAUACUUACUAAUUAGAACUACAGACUCCAACUAAAAAUAAAUAGGCUUCAUAUACAUCAAAAAAUUUCUUUUAGCCAAAUACGUUUCACAGUAGUAAAGGGUUUACUUCAACACAUUAUAGAUCUCCAGGAUCUGCUUUUGGUGGUUCUACAAUUAACAAUAAUGGAAAAAUAUAGGAUGAAGUUAAUUGCGAUACAAUCCUCCUUUCUUCAUAACAAAAAUUGAAUGCCCUUUAACAUUUAUAAGGUUUUUCUUCUUCAUAAAAAGCAGAAAAUAACUCAAAUCAUAAGUUAAACUUUUUAAGCUCAAAUAGUAAAAACGAUUAUGUAGGCAUUAAAACAAAAAGAAUCAAUGAUUUAAAUACAUUAUACACUGAAGGCGACAACACAGAUUUCAACUCUCAGAAUGUUUUCAUGAAUAAAUUAGUGUAUUAACCUAAUUCUGCAGCUGCAACUAGUAUAUCUUAAGCUACAACAUAGCCAUUACAAUUAAAUACCAAGUCAUAUAGAAAUUCAGAAUCUUAUUUUAAUGCAGAUUAAUAAAUCAUAAAUACCAAAAAUGAUAUUUUAUAUUAAAAAAAUGCCUCGUAAGGUUCUUUAAAUCCAUUAAAAUUUGAAGGAAAGUACCUAAACUCUAGUUAAAAAGCAGAACCCUAAUUUUAGGGUCUUGAAAAUUUUGUCAAAACUAUGUACAAAACAGGUGAGAGUGGUUUUUAUAAAAGUAGAUCAAGCCUAAAUUUUAAUAGUUUAGGUAAGACCUUUUAUUCUGCAGCAGGUUCUUAAAGAGAAUCAGAUCACACUUUUACAAAUGCAACUGGAUUUCUUGACGAAUAAGAAGGGAAAAUAGUUAAACCAAAUACAUAUAAAACGAAAGAUCUUUUUAUCACUAAAAUUAAUAACACAUUUAUCACUCCUAAAUACAUAUAUUUCUAAAGUCAACCUCAAAGCACUAAAUUUUAAAAAAGGAAUAGCUUGCUAGAUAAAAAUGCUACUAAUUAGUUUAAUUAAUUGCAGUAAUCAAAAUAUAUAGAAAAAUAGGGCUAUUUACCAUCUUACUUAAAUACAAAUGAGUCAAAACUAAAGUCUCAAAAAUCUCAAGAGAGUUAAUAGACCUUAAGUUAAAAAAAUGAUGACAGUACACUUCAAAAGAUAGCUUCUUAAAGCCAUAUUUAAAUUAAUUAAUAGGUUAAUUAUAUCUAAGAUGAUAAAGAGGAAUAAGAGGUAUAACAAAAAUAAUUACAAAGGUCUAAAUCUUAAAAAAAUAACAGAAAUAUAAGUAUGUAGUCUUCAAUUUUAACUGAGUUUUACUUACACGAAAAUCUCUAUUGGGACUUCGAAUAUCUUUUUAUAUUUAUAAAUAAUUUAAGUCAAGUGAAGAGGAAAAACAAUUUAAAAUACACCUUUAUGGCUCUUCCUUAAAUGUAGAACAUGAUGAGCUAGGCAAAACUUUAAAAUGAUUUUAUGGGAUUAAAAGAAUAACUUAAAACUAAAUUAUAGAUUAAUUCUAAGGAUAUAUACCUUUUUCUUGAUGAUGGCACUCCUGUAAACAGCCAUAUGGAUAUUUUAAAAUCCGAUAAUAAAGAAAGAAGGGCUGUAUUUUUAGGAGGUAGUGGAGGAUUUUGUGGUGUUAGUAAUCUCUUUAUUUCACUUGAACAAAAGGCAAAUUUAGUUAAAGUAAUUAAUGGUCUAAUAGAACACAGCUUGAUCAUUCAAGAAAAGAAAUUCUCAAAAUAAGAAGAUCCUGCUAAAAGCCAAGGUCACAUAGGUUAGACUAGACCUAGCACUUAAAAUUCAGAACUCAAGCCUUACAACAAAUAAAAUUAGAAAUCGUCCUCUUAAAAAGAUUUGGAAGAGUUAAAAUCAGAAGAGUUCUAAACAAAAGAGUAAUUCUUAAAAAAAUAAAAUAAGGAAGUUGUAGAUAGAGUGGUGAAUAUUCUAACCCAUAAUCCUUAUGCUAAAAUUAAGCGCUUUGAAUAAGGCGUGGAUAAUCCAAGAAUAAGAUAGCUUUAAAAAAUUGAAGAUCUCUAUGAGAAAUAAAUCAGGGAAUUUAAAAAAUCUGGUCUUGAAGUUGAAGCUUCUUCUUCUCUUGGUGAUAAUCCAGAAAAGCAAUAAACUAAAAAUUUACGACAAAUUGCAGAGUUCAUAGAUGAGUUUUUAGAAAAAAAUUUCCCAGAAUCAAAUAAACCGCUAAAACAUGCUGUAGAUCAUUACAGUUCUUUGAUAAACAAUAUGCAAUAAAAGCCGUCCACCAAAAGAAACUUUGUCUAAGAAAAUAUUUAAAAGUUUAAUAGCCCUCAAAUGGCUAUGAAGUAUAUUUAAAAUAUAAACAGAGAAUUGUUUGUAAAAAAUAUUCCUAAAGUAUUAUCUAAAUAUGAGCUCUCAAGGCAUGAUUUACAUAGUAUAUAUAUUCUUUAUAAAGCUUUACUUACAGUUUCUAUUCAGAGGAUUGAUUGGAAAGAAGUUGCUAAAGGUGGUAUAGACUUCAAGACUUUUGAGCAUGGUAUUGACAAAAUAUCUUCUUAAAGUGAAGAAAUUAUUAGAAGAAUGUGUAACUAUGAAAAUUUCAUUGAUUGGAAAUAAUUUAUAGAUAUACUUUAUGCAGUUUCUGGCAAAACACUUGAAUCUAAAAUUGAUAUUUUCAUAAAAGUAGCUGAUACAGAUAGAGGUGGUACUCUUUCAAAAGAAGAAAUCAGCGAAUUAUGCUACAUUUGUUUAGAUAAAAUCCUACCAAAAGAAGGAGAAGACGACAGUAUGGUAUAAGGAUUAGUAGAGUACUUCACACGCCUUCUCUUUACAAGUUUGGAUGUAGACCCAGAAGAAGAUAUACCUCUGCACAAGCUAAAAAAUGCAAUUAUAGAAGGACAUCCAGAAAACGACUUAUUAUGCUUUUUCUGUGGUGUAGAGUACACCAAGUGA